AUGUCUAAUUCAUUCGUCAUCCCUGCUGUCUGCAUCACAGGAGGCCUCUACCUCUCCCCUCAAGCCGGGCAAAUCAUCAACCCCCGCCAACCCCUCAACAUCACCUGGAACCCCGCCUGCUUCGACGCCUCCACCACCUCCGCCGUCGACAUCUACCUCUUCGCGCCCGGCUUCACGGGUAGCGGCACCGGCGACACCGAAUCAGGUAACAACGACACCGACGAGCCCCUCGUCCACGUAUGGAGCGACUUCCCCCUCGCACUCGGUCCGCAAAACUUUGAUUUGGACGCGACGUGGUGGGGGGAGGAGCAGGAGCAGGAGUUGCAGCUUAAUAUCGUUGCGCAUGGGCAGCCCGUUUCGGAGAGCGAGCUCCCCGCUGGGCCUGUUUUUACCGCUCGGAUGGCUCCUCGAGGGGGUAAAGACGAAGACUCCGCUGGCAAGGAUGAGGACGGAGAUGAUGAGGAGGAGGACGAGGAAGAUGGGGAGGAGGGGAAGGAUAGCAAAGGCAGCGCUGUGAGCAGGGGUGCUGGCAAGACUGUCCUGGCGACCGCCGCCAUGCUUGUUGCACCGCUCCUCCUUGCGGCUUUGUAG